AUGAAGGGGGCCAUUCUUCGUGCGGGCAAGCACGUUGAGGCCGAGCCACUGUACGAGCGGUCACAGGCCAUACCAGAGAAGGUGCUUGGUCCACAGCAUCCUGACUUGCGACGGUGCUCAAGCUACGGCCGUUGUUGCUGGCUAAUCACGUGGGUUGCAGACAAUUUGAGCACCGUGUUAACAUCACGGUGCUGCGGACCUACCACCUUGUCUGUUAUGGCCUAUGACCGCUCGAACAGCUGCUCGGCCUCAAUGUACUUGCCCCGGCUUUCAGUCCGUACUGCAUGCCAGGGCAAGUACGCUAAGGCUGAGCCACUGUAUGAGCGGUCACAAACCAUACCAGAGAAGAUGCUAGGUGCGGAGCAUCCUGACGUGGCCACGGUGCUCAAAAACGAGCAUCAGGCCAUACCAGGCAAGGUGCUAGGUCCGGAGCAUCCUGGCGUGGCCACGGUGCUCGAGAAGCGGGCGUUGAUAGUUGGUCGAUCAGGCAAGGUGCUAGGUCCGGAGCAUCCUGGCGUGGCCACGGUGCUCGAGAAGCGGGCGUUGAUAGUUGGUCGAUCAGCUGCUCGGCCUACAUGUAUCUUCCCUGGCCUGCAGUCCAUCCUGCAUGCCAGUGCAAGGACGCUGAGGCCGAGCCAGUCUACAAGCGGUCACAGGCCAUACCCGAUAAGGUGCUUGGUCCAGAGCAAACUGACUUGCGACGGUGCUCAAGAAUCGGGCGUUUUGCUGGCUAAUCAGGGCAAGGACGCUGAGGCCGAGCCAAUCCACGACCGGUCACAGGCUAUACAAGAGAAGGUGCACGGUCCAGAGCAACCUGACGGGCGACACUGCUCAAGAAACGAGCGUUGUUGCUGGCUAGUCAGGCUAUACCAGAAAAGGUGGUUGGUCCAGAGCAAGCUGACUUGCGACGGUGCUCCAGACUGGGCGUUUUUGCUGGCUAAUCAGGGCAAGGACGCUGAGGCCGAGCCACUCUACGAGCGCUCACAAGCCAUACAAGAGAAGGUGCUUGGUCCAGAGCAACCUGACAUGCGACGGUGCUCCAGACAUGGCGUUUUGCUGGCUAAUCAGGGCAAGGACGCUGAGGCCGAGCCACUCUACGAGCGGUCACAGGCCAUACAAGAAAAGGUGCUUGGUCCAGAGCAACCUGACUUGCGACGGUGCUCAAGAAACGGGCGUUAUUUCUUGGCUAAUCAGGGCAAGGACGCUGAGGCCGAGCCACUCUACGAGCGGUCACAGGCCAUACAAGAAAAGGUGCUUGGUCCAGAGCAACCUGACUUGCGACGGUGCUCAAGAAACGGGCGUUAUUUCUUGGCUAAUCAGGGCAAGGACGCUGAGGCCGAGCCACUCUACGAGCGGUCACAGGCCAUACAAGAGAAGGUCCCUAGUCCAGAGCAACCUGACUCGCGAGGGCGCUCAAGAUACGGGCGUUGUUGCUGGCUAAUCAGCUGCUCGACCGCAAUGUGCUUGCCCUGGCAUGCAGUCCGUCCUGCAUGCCAGGGCAAGGACGCUGAGGCCGAGCCACUCUACGAGCAGUCACAAGCCAUACAAGAGAAGGUGCUUGGUCCAGAGCAACCUGUCAUGCGACGGUGCUCCAGACAGGGCGUUUUGCUGGCUAAUCAGGGCAAGGACGCUGAGGCCGAGCCACUCUACGAGCGGUCACAGGCCAUGCAAGGAAAGGUGCUUGGUUCAGAGCAACCUGACGUGCGACACUGCUUAAGAAACGGGCGUUAUUUCUUGGCUAAUCAGGGCAAGGACGCUGAGGCCGAGCCACUGUACGAGAGGUCACAGGCCAUACAAGAGAAGGUGCUUGGUCCAGAGCAACCUGACUUGCGACGGCGCUCAACAAACGGGCGUUGUUGCUGGCUAAUCAGGCGUUGUUGCUGGCUAAUCAGUACCUUGUCUGGUUUGGCCUGCGACCGCUCGAACACCUGCUCGACCGCAUUGUGCUUGCCCUGGCAUGCAGUCCGUCCUGGAUGCCAGGGCAAGGACGCUGAGGCCGAGCCACUCUACGAGCGGUCACAGGCCAUGCAAGGAAAGGUGCUUGGUUCAGAGCAACCUGACGUGCGACACUGCUUAAGAAACGGGCGCUAUUUCUUGGCUAAUCAGGGCAAGGACGCUGAGGCCGAGCCACUCUACGAGCAGUCACAGGCCAUACCAGAAAAGGUGCUUGGUCCAGAGCAACCUGACAUGCGACGGUGCUCCAGACAUGGCGUUUUGCUGGCUAAUCAGGCGUUGUUGCUGGCUAAUCAGGGCAAGGACGCUGAGGCCGCGCCACUCUACGAGCGGUCACAGGCCAUACAAGAGAAGGUGCUUGGUUCAGAGCAACCUGACGUGCGACACUGCUUAAGAAACGGGCGUUAUUUCUUGGCUAAUCAGGCCAUACAAGAGAAGGUGCUUGGCCCAGAGCAACCUGUCAUGCGACGGUGCUCAAGCAACGGGCGUUAUUCCUUGGCUAAUCAGGCCAUACAAGAGAAGGUGCUUGGCCCAGAGCAACCUGUCAUGCGACGGUGCUCAAGCAACGGGCGUUAUUCCUUGGCUAAUCAGGUAUGGGCGUUGAUGCUGGCUAAUCAGGGCAAGGACGCUGAGGCCGAGCCACUGUACGAGAGGUCACAGGCCAUACAAGAGAAGGUGCUUGGUCCAGAGCAACCUGACUUGCGACGGCGCUCAACAAACGGGCGUUGUUGCUGGCUAAUCAGCACCUUAUCUGUUGUGGCCUAUGACCGCUCGAGCAGUGGCUCGGCCUCAAGGUACCUGCCCUGGCUUUCAGUCCGUACUGCAUGCCAGGGCAAGUACGCUGAGCCCGAGCCACUGUAUGAGCAGUCACAGGCCAUAACAGAGAAGGUGCUAGGUCCGGAGCAUCCUGACGUGGCCACGGUGCUCAAGAAACGUUGUUGCUGGCUAAUCAGUACGACUGAACGACACGGCAAGUACGUUGAGGCCGAGCCGCUGUACGAGCGGUCACAGGCCAUGACAGAGAAGGUGAUUGGUCCAGAGCAACCUGACUUGCGACGGUGCUCCAGAGACGAGCGUUGUUGCUGGCUAAUCAGCACCUUAUCUGUUGUGGCCUAUGACCGCUCGAGCAGUGGCUCGGCCUCAAGGUACCUGCCCUGGCUUUCAGUCCGUACUGCAUGCCAGGGCAAGUACGCUGAGCCCGAGCCACUGUAUGAGCAGUCACAGGCCAUAACAGAGAAGGUGCUAGGUCCGGAGCAUCCUGACGUGGCCACGGUGCUCAAGAAACGUUGUUGCUGGCUAAUCAGUACGACUGAACGACACGGCAAGUACGUUGAGGCCGAGCCGCUGUACGAGCGGUCACAGGCCAUGACAGAGAAGGUGAUUGGUCCAGAGCAACCUGACUUGCGACGGUGCUCCAGAGACGAGCGUCGUUGCUGGCUAAUCAGUACGACUGAACGACAGGGCAAGUACGUUGAGGCCGAGCCGCUGUACGAGCGGUCACAGGCCAUACAAGAGAAGGGCAAGUACGUUGAGGCCGAGCCGCUGUACGAGCGGUCACAGGCCAUACAAGAGAAGGCCAUAACAGAGAAGGUGCUAGGUCCGGAGCAUCCUGAUGUGGCCACGGUGCUCAAGAAGCGUUGUUGCUGGCUAAUCAGUACGACUGAACGACACGGCAAGUACGUUGAGGCCGAGCCGCUGUACGAGCGGUCACAGGCCAUGACAGAGAAGGUGAUUGGUCCAGAGCAACCUGACUUGCGACGGUGCUCCAGAGACGAGCGUUGUUGCUGGCUAAUCAGCACCUUAUCUGUUGUGGCCUAUGACCGCUCGAGCAGUGGCUCGGCCUCAAGGUACCUGCCCUGGCUUUCAGUCCGUACUGCAUGCCAGGGCAAGUACGCUGAGCCCGAGCCACUGUAUGAGCAGUCACAGGCCAUAACAGAGAAGGUGCUAGGUCCGGAGCAUCCUGACGUGGCCACGGUGCUCAAGAAACGUUGUUGCUGGCUAAUCAGGUUGGCCAUACCAGAGAAGGUGCUUGGUCCAGAGCAUCCUGACUUACGACGGCGCUCAAGAUAUGGGCGUUGUUGCUGGCUAAUCAGCUGCUCGACCUCAAUGUGCUUGCCCUGGCAUGCAGUUCGUCCUGCAUGCCAGGGCAAGGACGCUGAGGCCGAGCCAUUGUACGAGCGGUCAAAGACCAUACCAGAAGAGGUGCUAGGUCCGGAGCAUCCUGAUGUGGCAACGGCGCUCAAGAUAUGGGCGAUACGUCUGCUCGACCGCAUUGUGCUUGCCCUAGCAUGCAGUCCGUCCUGCAUGGACGCUAAGGCCGAGCCACUCUACGAGCGGCCACAGGCCAUACAAGAGAAGGUGCUUGGUCCAGAGCAACGUGACUUGCGACGGUGCUCAAGAUACGGGCGGUGUUGCUGGCUAAUCAGCUGCUCGACCUCAAUAUGCUUGCCCUGGCAUGCGAUCCGUCCUGCAUGCCAGGGCAAGGACGCUGAGGCCGAGCCAUUGUACGAGCGGUCAAAGACCAUACCAGAGAAGGUGCUAGGUCCGGAGCAUCCUGAUCUGGCAACGGUGCUCAAGAUACGGGCGUUAAUUGUUGAUCAAUCAGAGCAACCUGACUUGCGACGGCGCUCAAGAAACGGGCGUUGUUGCUGGCUGAUAAGCUGCUCGACCUCAUUGUGCUUGCCGUGGCAUGCACUCCGUCCUGCAUGCCAGGGUAAGGACGCUGAGGCCGAGCCACUGUACGAGCGGUCAAAGGUCAUACCAGAGAAGGUGCUAGGUCCGGAGCAUCCUGAUCUGGCAACGGUGCUCAAGAUACGGGCGCAUAUUGUUGGUCAAUCAGGCAAUUUGAGCACCGUGGGCACAUCAGGGUGCUCCAGACCUAGCACCUUGUCUGUCAUGGCCUGUGGCCGCUCGAACAGCUGCUCGGCCUCCAUGUGCUUGCUCUGCAUAUGGUCGCUCAAGAAACGGGCGUUAAUUCUUAGCGAAUCAGAGCAACUCUACGAGCGGUCACAGGCCAUAACAGCGAAGGUGAUUGGUCCAGAGCAUCCUGACGUGGCCACGGUGCUCAAGAACCGGGCGUUAUUGCUGGCUUAUGAGGGCAAGGACGCUGAGGCCGAGCCACUGUACGAGCGGUCACAGGCCAUACAAGAGAAGGGCAAUGACGCUGCGGCCGAGCCACUGUACGAGCGGUCACAGGCCAUACCAGAGAAGGUGCUUGGUCCAGAGCAACCUGACUUGCGAAGGUGCUCCAGAAACGAGCGUUGUUGCUGGCUAAUCAGUACGGCUGAACGCCAGGGCAAGUGCACUAAGGCUGAGCAACUCUACGAGCGGUCACAGGCCAUACCAGAGAAGGUGCUAGGUCCGGAGCAUCCGAACGUGGCCACGGUGCUCAAGAACCGGGCGUUCUUUUGCCUGAUGAGUCAGUGGCUCGGCCUCAUUGUGCUUGCCCUGGCAUGCAGUACGAUUGAACGCCAGGGCAAGUACGCUGAGGCUGAGCCACUCCACGAGCGGUCACAGGCCAUACGAGAGAAGGUGCUUGAUCCAGAGAAUCCUGAAGUGGCCACGGUGCUCAAGACACGGGCCUGCUCGGCGAAAAUGUACCUGCCCUGGCUUUCUGUCCGUACUGCAUGCCAGGGCAAGGGCGAAGAGGCUGAGCCACUCCACGAGCGGUCACAGGCCAUACGAGAGAAGGUGCUUGGUCCAGAGAAUCCUGAAGUGGCCACGGUGCUCAAGAACCGGGCGUUAAUGGUUGGUCAAUCAGGCCACAACAAAGAAGGUGCUAGGUCCGGAGCAUCCUGA